CAUGCUGGAGGCGCCACACAUUGGCCCACACAUGGCCCAAACUUUUUUUUUCGGUACCCACCGCAGUCGACGAACGACUUUCUCCUGCUACGCAACGCGUGCAUCGCAUCCAGACCCCCGGCGACCGCGUUGGCUCAAAUUGGCCCAGCCUUUCCCCAUCUCCUGCAAGCAACACGCGCGGAACCGCAUCCCGCUGCCACCUGCCCCCCUCCCCCCAAAAAAAGAAAGGACAAUCUGCCAAAAAACUAAAUCGCACCACCCCCCGUUUAGCACCGUCGCCCACCCACCCGCCUCCUUCGGUCACCGGCCCGGGUAAAGCCAAGGAAUGGCGAGAUAGAGGCCCCGGGGGUUGGAUAAUCAUUACCCAAGCGAAUCAGCCACCUUGACCUACCAACAAGAAAAAUGUCUGGCGAAGGCCCCGAAAGCAUCCCGACGUCGGCGGACCCGCGCUCCAAGCGGCCGACCAAGAAGCGCGCCCUGACGCCCGUGUCGGAGCAGGCCGCGUCGGUCGAGGCGCUCUUCGCCAAGCCCGAACAGGUCAUCCGGGUCCCCGCCGGCGGCGACGCCGACGCCGCCCGCCGCCGUCACGCCGCGCCGCCCGAGAUCGUCACAAACGUCCAGGGCUCCAGCGCCGGCGCCGGCUCGGGCGAGUUCCACGUGUACAAGGCCAGCCGCCGCCGCGAGCUCGAGCGCCUGCGCCUCAUGGACGAGGACCUGCGCAAGGAGCAGGCCCGCCAGGAGUUCGAGCGCAGGCGGUCCGAGAACGAGCUGCGGGACGAGGAGAAGACGCGCAGGAACAGGGAGAAGCGUGAGAAGAAGAAGAAGAGGGCCCGCAUGACACAGCAGAACAAGCCCAAGCCCGACGCCGUCGCCCCUGGCGCGGGCUCCGCCGCCGGUGCGGACGCGAAAUCAGCAGCGGCGGCAGCAGGGAGCGGAGGAGACACCGAUGCUGAUAAGGACUCGUCGGCCCCCGUUAUUACUGCUGCACAGGCCGAGGCCGGCCUCGUGAUUCACGAAGAGGAUUGAGAGCCCAUGGCACCGACCGAUCGACAGACGCGCUCCGUUCCUAGAUACGAACGACGGAAAAUACGAUCAACCUAGCCGACGAUGGCGACGACGCUCGCAUCCGAUCCCUCGACGACUUCUUUGUCUCUGGUUUUACUUCUUUUUGUCUACCAAAACUCCCAGAACGGAUUUUGCAAGGGUUUUACACGGACCGGCAACGAAAGAAGGGGGUAUUCAUCAUCCUCUCGUCGCCCUCAUCCAUCUCCGCGGUACCACCAUCGAGAAAACCAACGACAGGGAAUCCGGACGUCGACAUGGGGCAAAAAGCUACCCAGAUACACCCCCACGACAAGGAUUUUGGUAGGUGGUCUAGCGCAUUAGGGAUCCUCGUGUCUAUUCAUCGCCUCCGCCUCCGCCGGUGCCGACGCCUGGCUGCGCCUUCUUUGCGCUGCAAAUAUCGUCGACCCUGAGGAGAAGACAGGCGGCCUGUAGGAAUACAAUGUGUUAGAAUAUAUACCCACCGUAGUACCCGUAAUAUACUCGGCCUCGUCGCCCGCUGCGACGGUCUGAGCAGAGAAAAGAUGGAUUUGGGCGAAAAAAAAGGGGGCAAAACUGACCUCGAUCGCCGUCUUCAUGCUCUGCACCUUGAUGGCCUCGGGCUCCCACACGCCAUAGUCCUUCAUGUCGGCCAGGGCACCGGUGUCGCCG